AUGAAAAUUGACAAUAAUGACAACAGCAAUACUAAGAGUCGUGAUAGCAUCUAUGCAAGUAAAAUGAUCGUAACUGCUACUGCUGUCGCCAGUACUAUGUCGACAUCGUCAUCGGUAUCAGUAAAAGUCCCAGGAAAAGCCAACCCACUUUCCAUGGGGUUUGUAAAGCUGGAGCACCCCUGUUCCACUUCGGAUGACGAAAACUGCAGUAGGCUCUCAAAUUUAUGGGGAAAACCCAGCACUACAAAAAUAAUUUGCCCUGAAAAAUCUACAAACCUGGCUGUAGAUGUCGGUAGCGAUUCUAGUCUCAAGAAAUCUAUAAAUAGCAAUAGUCUGGAAAUACCGACAUCUAUAAAAACAUCAGAGCAGUACAUGAAGCAGAUGAAAGAGAAAUUCGGGAAUUCCGAAUUUCCAACCAGGAAGAAGAAACUUGUUGAAAUGUUGAGAUUGAGAUGUUCAGAAUCGUUAUUUAAUCCGGAGUUUUUCACAUGGGGCCGAGGUGAGCCUUUCUUAGCAGACGUCAAUACCGCUACCACUGUUACUUCUUCUUUCGUUACUUCAACUGACACUGCUCUUUCUUCUUUUGCUAGUAAUUAUAUUAACUUUCCUUCCAAUGCUUCCAUACUUUCACAAGGUAAUAAUAAUAAUAAUAAUAUUAGUAUUUAUAGUAUUCUUACUAGUACUAGCAGCAUUAUCAGCGGCAGUAGUAGCGCUACUGUCGAUUUUAACGCUGGUGGCUUGAAUAUAAACUGUGAAACAUCUAAGGGUAAUAAUGUUAAUCGUCCUAUUGUUGUCGCCACUAUGGAUACCUCGUGUUAUACUGAUUCAGCCGCUACCACUGACGCUUCUACUACUACUAAUAUUAAUAACUGCAUCUCAGACAUCAAUACAUCUAUCACUGAUACUAAUUCUUCAGUUACUAAUACUACCUUUGAUAAUCCCGUUAAUAUUGCCAAAUGCAACAACGAACCUUUCAACUUAUAUACUAAUGCAUCUAUUGCUAUUGUGUCCGUAAGUAAAAAUACUACUUUUGCUACUAAUACCUUACCUGCAUCUACAACCACUGCUACAGCUACUACUAUUGCUACAGCUGCCACUACUUCUGUAGCGGCUGAUGGUGCUGCUACUACAGCUGCUACAAAUGAAGUGCCGAUAAAGAUAAUCUUGAAGAGUUACAAAAUGCGUUCUGUAAUGGAGUUAGUUCAAAAUAAAAGGUUGAACAUUCAAGCAAUCAAAUUACUUUUAACAUCUCAGCCAAAUGUGACAGCCAGUGAUAGCAAUGGAGAGAGAAAGGUGCCCUGUGAUUGGUCAGCUGAUUUGAAUAAGCCUCAUUUUAAUGCCUCACAGAUACCCAAUAGAAAUUUGAGGAAGAGAUACUGUCCUUGA